AUCUUCUCAUUUUCUCUAUCCUCUAUUCUAAGGUGUCUAACCCUUGGUUCUCUAGACCAACACUAACACCACCACCAAAUUCUCUCGAGGAAAGGACAGGGAACAAUACUAGUGCUCCAAAAAUGGCCUCAGUUUCAAUGGCUAUGCCACUAGCUUCAGCAUCCCAAAAGAGGUUAGAACAGCCACCCAACUCCCAAUCCUUCCUUAAGCCACUACCUAUAAGGCCAUUAAUGGAAGUAGGUUUAUCUACAAAGUCCAAGUCUAGAGCCAGGCUUGAAGUGCAAGCCUCCUUAAAAGAGAAGGCAGUGACAGGACUAACAGCAGCUGCAUUGACAGCUUCAAUGGUGAUACCAGAGGUAGCAGAAGCAGCGGGGCCUGGCAUAUCCCCUUCUCUCAAGAAUUUCUUGCUCAGCAUUGCUGCUGGCGGGGUCGUUGCUGUUGCUAUCAUUGGAGCUGUUGUUGGAGUUUCCAACUUUGAUCCCGUUAAACGAAGCUGAGGAGAAUCUUUCAAAUUUCUUGGUCUUUACUCUUCGCUCUAUCUCAUUUAUUUAUGUAGUACUCUUCAAGCCUACUAGUUUAUGCAUAUAUUGCUAAGAAAAACACAAUGUUUUCCAUUUCCGCCAAGAGAAUGACCUGUGUCUCAAUUUACAUGGAACAGGGAAAUAAUUAAUGAAAAACAGCUCUGAAUGGAGGAAUGCCUCAUAGUUCAUUAUAUUAAAAUAAAGGUUUCACAUAGUUUGCCA